AUUCUGCUGUAUGCAAACACUGCAAGACGAAGGAGGCUGAGAUUUAUCUAGUAGAAGUGAAUCAUCUAAGCAGCUUGGAGUCAAAGUUCUCACAGCUGUGGACACAGUGUCAGCGCUGCUCGGGGAGCCUUCAUGAGGAGGUGCUUUGUACAAGCCGUGACUGCCCCAUCUUCUACAUGCGCAAGAAAGUACAAAAAGACCUCACCGAUCAAGAAAAGGUGGUGCAGCGUUUUGGGCCAUCCGACUGGUGAAAACGAGACAGCAUGGCUGCGCCCAAGUAGACACUUGUGUUUUUCUGGCUGUCUCUGUGUGUACAUACAUAUCUGCGAGUGUCAGUGACUGCACUGCGAUGUAGCUGUGAUUGUGCGAGCAAUUCUACCUCCUGGGGACAAUGCGAUGAUGUGUGUUACUCGAUCCAGCACUGCGCCAUUUUUCACGGCACGUCAUCUGCUGCUUGCUGCAUCUCUAGAAGUCUCCUGAGAUCGUUUCAUCUCCGAGCUAACAAACUGUUGUACACAUCGUUUAUUGAGGCUGUGUUCGAAGGUGCUUUGUUAACCCGUCUCCAAAACACCGCCUUUUUUUUCGUUGUUUUCUUGGGAAAUGUUAACCCGCAAGCUUUGUCCACGCAGCCACAGCAUUGUGAUUCCUUGUGUAAGUUCAAUAGAAAAAGUUCUUGCCUCCCGAUAACAUCAAGAAAUAAUUGUUGUAACUUCGCAGCCUGUUACGAUUAUGUUUGAGAUUUCUUGCUUCAUUUGCGACGUAAAGUGCCUCAAUUACAAGAAUGCAAGUCAGCUGUCGCCCAAGCUACGUUGACUCUUCAUUGCAGUAAUGCAUGUGGCAUCAUUAGU